AAGUUUUUAUUGAAGCAGCUUGUUAUUGGAAAAAACUCAUGAAAUACUUCUACUAAUUAAUAAAGGAGGGGGACAUUUUUCAACGCAAAAGAAACAGAGUAAUGCGAAAGUUAUGCAAGAAGCCGAUCUGCCCCCACCUCUAGAGGAUUUGAGUGAAUCAUUUCACCGUUUAUUAAAACCAAAAACUACAGAAUACAAACGAGAAGUCAAUACGAAAUUAAACGAGUACUUGGAAGUCACCUGCGAUGAAGAAAAUCGUAAAGUAAAAAGCAUACAGAAACUGAUGACUAAAAAUUCUGUAGAGGUAAAAAACAGCGAAAUAUCAGGGCUAAAAAAGCAACAGAAAAACGAUACAUUUUGCGGCUUUAAGAAGGGAUUUCUGUUACAAGAAAAAUUAAAGCCUCCUGCUACACAAACAGAAAAGAAGGAAGAUGCUGUCAUCGUGAAAAAAAAGAAGGAGAAUGAAGAAGACAAAAACGUUUUACCUGAAGUCCAGAAAGCCAUGAAAAGCCAAGUACCUCUUCUACAAAGCCAAAAGUGGGUAACUGAAGAUUUACUGCAAAAAAUACUUUCUCAUCCCAAGUUAUCCAAAAAGUUCACAGAUCCUCGUUUCAGCAAAGCUAUCCAACAGUUACAAACAAACCCACAACACGUGAUGAAAAUGUGUCAGACAAAUACCGAAUUGCGUGAAUUUAUUCAGGAGUUUUGUGCCAUUAUGGGUGAACACUUCACUGGAAUGGCAGAUGUCCAGGAAAAGGCUGCAGUAUUUUCCAGCAAAUCAAAGAAGCCGCACAAACAGGAAAAUAGCGACGUAACAGUAGCAUAUACACGACCAUCUCUAUCUUCCGACGAAGACGAUAAAAAAAUGCAAAAAAUUUUAGCUGAUCCUGAAAUUGUCUCCAUUUUACAAGCGCCAGAAAUUCAACACUUGUUCACUGUAAUAAGAAGUAACCCGAACGAGGGACCAAGAAUUCUAAAAACGGCUGACUCAGCAUCGCGCCAAAAGAUUAGGAAACUCAUAGACGUCGGUUUACUUCAGUUCGCAAUACAAUGAAGUCUGGAUUUUUUUAUUUAUUAUGAUGUAUAUUUUUUCAGAUUAUAAUAUAUUCCUUAUUUUGUG